AUGUCUCAACCACUCCCUCCGCUCCCUCCGGGCGUCUACGUCCCCACAGUAGCCUUCUUCACCCCGGACGACGAGGUAGACGUGGAGACGACGGCGUCGCACGCGAAGCGCCUGGCAGCGGCCGGGGUGACGGGCAUCGUCACGCACGGCUCCAACGGCGAGGCCGUGCACCUGUCCCACGAUGAGCGGCGGCUCAUCACCCGGACGACGCGGGACGCCCUCGACUCGUCCGGGCACCCUGGGCUCCCGCUCAUCGUCGGCUGCGGCGCCCAGUCGACGCGGGAGGCGAUCCGGCUCUGCCGCGACGCCGGCUCCUCGGGCGGCACGCACGCCCUCGUCCUCCCGCCGUCCUACUACGGCCCCCUCCUGACCACGGACCUGAUCGAGGCCCACUACCGGGCCGUGGCCGACGCCUCCCCCGUGCCCCUGCUCAUCUACAACUUCCCGGCGCCCUGCGGCGGCCUGGACCUGAGCUCCGACACCAUCAUCCGCCUGGCCGCCCACGCCAACAUCGUCGGCGUCAAGCUCACCUGCGGCAACACCGGGAAGCUGGCCCGCGUCGUCGCCGCCACCAGGGACGCCCCCGGCGGCUUCCGCACCUUCGGCGGCAGCUGCGACUUCACCAUCCAGACCCUCGCCGUCGGCGGCCACGGCGUCAUCGCCGGCACCGCCAACCUCGCCCCCAAGGCCUGCCUGCGCGUCCUGCGGCUGUGGUCCGCCGGCGAGGCCGACCGCGCCCGCGCCGUCCAGGAGGUCGUCGCCAGGGGGGACUGGGCCGCCAUCAGGGGCGGCUUCGUCUCUGUCAAGGCCGCCCUGCACGAGUUCCACGGCUACGGGGGCGAGCCGAGGAAGCCGUGCGCCCUGCUCCGCGGUCAGGCCCUGGCCGACCAGCUUGCUGACUUUCGGGAGCUGGUUGACUUGGAAAGCGGGUUGUAG